AUGUCACUCAGGAGCUUAGUCCGCCAUGUGUACCGUCCGAUACAUACCAGUGCUGCGCGACACUCCCAUAUCGGCAAAGUCCCCAUCCCACUUCCAGCUUCCGUCACUCUAACUCUUCCUCCAUUGUCGGUAUCACCGAACCUCCCUCCUUCUUCAUCACAGGCACAACGAGUGUUCUCUGUCACUGGACCACUCGGCUCGGCAACUCUACCUCUACCUCCAUCAGUAAUACUCAAGGCCCCCACGCCGUCAUCUCCUUCGAUAUCUGUAUCAGUUCACGAGCCAACAGCAAAAGCUCAACGUAGUAUGUGGGGUUUGACUCGGACUCUCAUUAGCAAUGCAGUCACCGGCGUAUCCACAGGAUUCAACCUCGAGGUCAGACUAGUAGGUGUCGGUUAUCGUGCCGCAAUCGAACCGAUCCCCUCAGUGUUCCUUGAAUUGGCGAAGCAACGUAACCCUCAUUCCACCGCACCUCUACCUCACGAGAGGCUCAAUAUUAAACUUGGUUUUGCUCAUCCUGUUCUUAUCGACAUACCUCCUGAUAUCAAGACCACAGUCCCAGCUCCUACGAAGAUCAUACUGAACGGUACCGACAAGCAGAAAUUAGGCCAAUUUGCGGCAACGAUAAGACAGUGGAGGAGGCCAGAGCCGUAUCGAGGCAAGGGUAUUUUUGUUGGUGACGAAACUAUCAAGCUCAAGGAGGUUAAGAAAAAGUAG